UUUUGAUACGCUAACAACUACACCAGUAUAAACUGAAAGAGAAUUAUUUUUUUUUUGUUACGAAAAUGUUUAUGUUACGUUUGUUUUCGUUACUAUUGCUUUGCAUUAUUGUUACAUGGGCCAAGGACGCUUGGCAGAAACCGGGCUGCCACAAAGUAGGUAACACCAGAAAGAUUUCUAUACCUGAUUGUGUAGAGUUUCGUAUAACAACAAAUGCAUGUCGCGGAUUUUGUGAAUCAUAUGCCGUUCCAUCCAUUCCAUGGGGUGCAGUAGGAGGUGUGUUUAAGCCGCCUAAACCGGUAGUGUCGGUGGGCCAGUGUUGUAACAUGAUGGAGUCAGAAGAGAUACAAAAACGAGUCCUAUGCAUGGGAGGAAUGAGAAAUUUUACUUUUAAGUCAGCUGUAUCAUGUAGCUGUUAUCAUUGCAAAAAGGAUUGAAGGAUUGAAUAUUAUAUUAUUUUGAGCAUAAAUUUUAAGGAUGCUAUAUAAACACGACAAAUAUAUGUAAAUUAUAUAUAUGAUGUAAAAAUUGCACUGAGCCACACACAACACUCUU